GAACCAUUCCCAGCUCUACCUCCCCCCACACACAAGCCUCUCACUCUCUCGCUCUCUUUCUGUCUCUUCCUCGCUCCCUCUCUUUCUCUCCUCCCUCUGCCUUCCCAGUGCACAAAGUCUCUGUCGCUCCCGGAACUUGUUGGCAAUGCCUAUUUUUCAGCUUUCCCCCGCGUUCUCUAAACUAACUAUUUAAAGGUCUGCGGUCGCAAAUGGUUUGACUAAACGUAGGAUGGGACUUAAGUUGAACGGCAGAUAUAUUUCACUGAUCCUCGCGGUGCAAAUAGCUUACCUGGUGCAGGCCGUGAGAGCAGCGGGCAAGUGCGAUGCGGUCUUUAAGGGCUUUUCAGACUGUUUGCUCAAACUGGGCGACAGCAUGGCCAACUACCCGCAGGGCCUGGACGACAAAACGAACAUCAAGACCGUGUGCACAUACUGGGAGGAUUUCCACAGCUGCACGGUCACAGCUCUUACGGAUUGCCAGGAAGGGGCGAAAGAUAUGUGGGAUAAACUGAGAAAAGAAUCGAAAAACCUCAACAUCCAAGGCAGCUUAUUCGAACUCUGCGGCAGCGGCAACGGGGCGGCGGGGUCCCUGCUCCCCGCGCUCUCCGUGCUCCUGGUGUCUCUCUCGGCAGCUUUAGCGACCUGGUUUUCCUUCUGAGCGCGGGACCAGGUUCCCCCCACCCCCACCCCCGGCGCACCCACCCACACUCACUCCAUGCUCCCGGAAAUCGAGAGGAAGAGCCAUUCGUUCUCUGAGGACGUUGUGAUUCUCUGUGAUGUUGAAAACACUCAUAUGGGAUUGUGGGAAAUUCUGUUUCUCUUUUUUUUUUAUUUUGUUUGAUUCCUUGUAUUUUUAUUUGCCAAAUGUUACCGAUCAGUGAGCGAGCAAGCACAGCCAAAACCGGACCUCAGCUUUAGUCCGUCUUCACACACACAAAAAGAAAACGGCAAACUCACCCCCAUUUUUAAAUUUUAUUUUUUAUUUUUUUUUGGCAAAAGAAUCUCAGGAAUGGCCCUGGGCCACCUACUAUAUUAAUCAUGUUGAUAACAUGAAGAAUGAUGGGCUCCUCCUAAUAGGGAAGCGAGGAGAGGAGAAGGCCAGGGGGAAGGCAUAGCAAGAAGAGCAGUGUCCACGUGGGAAGCAUCUGGCGAACACUCACGCUCACGUCUUUCUUCUACAGUACCUUGUUUUGAUCAUUUCCACUGCACAUUUCUCCUCCAGGAAAAGCAAAAACACACAGUGUGGGCUUUUUGCAUCUUAAGGCUAAGAGCGAGCUGAAAGCAGGCGGGGUGGAGUGGGAAAGGUGGUCAAAGGAACUGCUCUGGUCACUGAGGGGCUGGCUUCACCUACUGUCGACGCAUCUUUCAGGUCCACCGCCUUUGUGUUCCCUCCUCUCUCUUGUUUUAGCUGUUCCACAUACAGUAAUACCUGAAUAUCCAACGGUAUAGAUCACAAGGGGGUAAUCAAUGUUAAAUCUAAAACAUAGUUAAAAAAAAGAUUUUGACAUAAAAGAGCCUUGAUUUUAAAAAAAGAGAGAGAUGUAAUUUAAAAAGUUUAUUAUAAAUUAAAUUCAGCAAAAAUUUGCUACAAAGUAUAGAGAAGUAUAAAAUAAAAGUUAUUGUUUGAAAUG